UUUUCGUUGCUUCAAGUCCGCUCGUCGCGCCGUGAACAUGUUUUUUCUCUUGUGCAAAUUUUCCAAUUAAACAAUUUAUUAAAAAAUAUUUCCAUUGACAAAUUAAACAAUCAUUUAAAUGAAAAAACGUGCAGAACUUCCAACAAAUUGAUUUAGUUUUGUUUUUUAUUUUAUUCCUUAUCAAAAACUGUGACUGCAAAGUAAAACGCAUUUACAUUUCUUCUUCAUAAAAAAAAAGAAAAAUUGCCAAGACGAAGACGAUAGACGAGAAAACUCUUCUUCUGAAACUAAUUCCCUCUCCACGUGGUUGUUUUGCAUAAAAAAAGAAAAAAAGGCCAAAUCCGUGUUUAAAAAUAGACUUAAAAAGAGAAAUAAGAAGAAAAAAACGCAAAAUUGUUUUAUUUCCGUUUAAAAUAAAUAAAAUUGAACUUGAAAAGAAAUAAAUUAAAAGAAGAAACUUAACAAAAAUGCAGUCAACAAGCAAUAAUCCCAAUAAAACAUCAGACAUGAAGUAUAUUUUGGUUACUGGUGGGGUGAUCAGUGGAGUUGGCAAAGGUGUGAUAGCCAGUUCGUUUGGAACGUUGUUAAAAUCAUGCGGUCUCGAUGUGACAUCGAUUAAAAUUGAUCCAUAUAUCAAUAUCGAUGCUGGAACAUUUUCUCCCUAUGAACAUGGUGAAGUGUAUGUUCUUGAUGAUGGCGGCGAGGUGGACUUGGAUUUGGGAAAUUACGAGCGUUUCCUCGAUAUAACUUUACACAGAGACAAUAAUAUAACCACAGGAAAAAUCUAUAAACUUGUUAUAGAAAAAGAACGAAGUGGUGAAUAUUUAGGGAAAACAGUUCAAGUUGUUCCCCACAUAACUGACGCCAUUCAAGAAUGGGUCGAACGUGUUGCUCACACUCCAGUACGUGGUUCAAGUCAACCACAAGUCUGCAUUGUCGAGUUGGGUGGCACAAUUGGUGACAUUGAGGGAAUGCCCUUCGUCGAGGCAUUUAGACAAUUUCAAUUCCGUGUGAAACGUGAGAAUUUCUGUUGUGCCCAUGUGUCUUUAGUUCCUUCGCCAAGGGCUACUGGUGAGCCUAAAACAAAGCCGACACAAAGUUCGGUUAGGGAAUUGCGAGGACUUGGAUUGAGUCCAGAUUUUAUUGUCUGCCGGUCAGAGAAACCAAUUGGAUCUGAGGUCAAGGAGAAGAUAAGUAAUUUCUGUCAUGUAGCUCCAGGACAGGUUAUAUGCAUUCAUGAUUUGAAUUCGAUUUAUCAUGUGCCAUUACUGAUGGAGCAGAAUGGAGUUGUUGAGUUCUUAAAGGAGAGAUUGAAGUUGAACAUCAAUCCUAGUAAACGAGAAAAAUGUCUCCAACAAUGGAAAGAUUUGGCACGUCGUAGUGAAAAUCUCCACAAAGAUGUCACUAUCGCUGUGGUUGGUAAAUACACCCGAUUGGAGGAUUCCUAUGCUUCCGUAUCGAAAUCCCUUCAACAUGCUUCGUUGGCAGCUGGUUUUCGUUUAAACCUUCGUUUUAUCGAAGCGUGCCAUUUGGAGGAACAAACCCGAGAACAGACACCGGCUCUGUACCAUGAGGCAUGGCAGACACUAUGCAGCAGCCAGGGAGUGGUGGUUCCAGGAGGCUUUGGUAGCCGUGGUAUGGAGGGCAAGAUGACAGCCUGCAAAUGGUGUAGAGAGAACAAAAUUCCGUUCCUGGGCAUUUGUCUGGGUCUUCAGGCAGCAGUCAUUGAAUUUUCGCGCAACAUGUUGGGCCUGAAAGAUGCAAAUACCACAGAAAUCAAUCCAGACACUUCGAAUCCAGUUGUCAUCGAUAUGCCAGAGCAUAACACAGGUCAGAUGGGAGGAACCAUGCGGCUGGGAAAACGCAUGACCGUAUUUAAACAAGGAGAUAGCAUUAUCAAGCGACUGUAUGGCAACCCACAGACCAUCGAGGAACGUCAUCGUCACCGGUACGAAGUGAAUCCAAAAUUCGUACCCGAGUUGGAGAAGGCCGGUAUGAGCUUCGUGGGUAUGGAUACGGAAAAGGAGCGAAUGGAAAUCAUGGAACUGAAAGGACACCCCUACUAUAUUGCCACACAAUACCAUCCGGAAUAUCUCUCAAGACCUCUGAAGCCAAGUCCACCAUUCUUGGGUCUGAUACUAGCGUCUGUAGGAAAAUUGAAGAACUACAUCGAUCGAGGUUGUCGACUAUCGCCGAGACAAAUGUCCGACGCAAGUUCGGAUGAAGACGAAGUCAGUAUGCUCAAGGCAAUGGGAAUAAAUGGCGAAGUGAAAGAGACAAAUAGGCUAACAGUAAAGCCAUUCAAAAUGACAAAUGGCUACGAAAAUGGUACAACAGAAAACUUGAACAAAAGUUCUUCCGAUUAGAAAACAAAACUAAAUCAUAAUCUUGAUCGUUAGGAAAUCAAUAUAACAAUCCAAAUGGUUGCAUGUCAUUUACAUAACAGAAAAAAAGUGCCAAUUUUAUUUCUUUUUCAUCUAAUUCUAAUUUUGUUUACAGUUUUUUUUAGUUGUUAUGUAAAAAUAUUCUAUAGUUAGUUACGUAUUAUAAAAAUGAUAGCAAUAUUUUGAAUUUAUUUCUACACAACAUGCAACCAUUUUAACCUGAAUGAAAAAUUCGGAUAAAAAUUGUAAAAGUGUCUCUUAAAAAAAAAGUAUGUUUUAAUUUAGUAAUUUUAGUUUAGUUUUAAGACAAAAAAGAAAACAACAAAGAUCGCAAAUUAUAAAAUCAUUGAAUUAUAUAUUUUUUUCUUCAAUUCUAUUUAAUUUUGUUUAAAUGUGUUCAAAAUAGUUAAAAGAUAAAAUAAUGUAAUUUCUGUAAAUGAAACUACUAUUUAGGCUCGAAUGAGAAAAUUUGUUAUUACAAUUUAAAAUAUUUAAAAACAAAAUAAUGUAAAGAUUUAUUAAGGAAAUGUGUGUGCGAAAACACAUUUAUAUUCAGUGAGGAGAUUUGUAUUUUGUAAUCCGAAUUUUAAGUUAAGAAAUAAAAAUUAUAAUAAAGCUAAAAAUAUUUCAGCAUAUAAA